GGAAAUAAGAAUGUACGAUUGAUAUAUUCUCCGCCGCAGAGAACUCGUUUUUCCCUCUAACUCCGUUGGUCAAGAGAAGAGCUUGGAGAUCGGAGGGAAAGGCCAUCACAUUUCACCAGAAUUUCACUGCACCCCACACAAUAUUUGUGGCUGUUUCAAUCUUCAUUUCCAUCACUAUAUAAACCUUCAACCUCUGCCCACCAAUGAUUUUCAUCAAUAAACAUAACUCUCACACCCACACAGACCGACGAAAUCAACAACAACAAAAAAAAGGAAAAAGAAACAAAAAGAGGCAUCGGAAGCAGGAAGGAGAAGAAACAAGGGGAAAGAGAACAACUGAAAGCUGUUCAGACAGCCACGUCGUUCUUGAUCGAACGAGUGUGUUGUUUUCUUUCCUCAAAUUUUUUCCUUAACAAACAUGGCCUUCUUCACUCACUUUACUGGCACCACCCAGAAAUGCAGUGCUUGCCAGAAGACCGUGUACCUGGUUGAUCGCCUCGCCACUGACGACCGCGUCUUCCACCGGGCCUGCUUCCGUUGCCAUCACUGCAAAGGCACCCUCAAGCUGGGAAACUACAACUCUUUCGAGGGGGUGCUCUACUGCAGGCAUCACUAUGUUCAGCUCUUCAGGAGGACCGGCAGCCUCAACAAGAGCUUCGAUGGAACACCAAAGGUAGUCAAGACAGAAAAGCCUCUAGAAAACGAGAAUGCAGCCAUGAUCGCAUGCAUGUUUAAUGGAACCAUGGAGAGAUGCAUCGGUUGUGUUCAGACUGUUUAUCCCAUUGAAAAGGUUACUGUGAAUGGGGCUGCAUACCACAAGAGCUGCUUCAAAUGCAGCUACGGAGGGUGCACUAUAAGCCCAUCGAACUACAUUGCGCAUGAGGGUGUGCUCUUCUGCAAACACCACCACAUGCAGCUCAUCAGGGCUAAGGGAAACCUCAGCCAGCUCGAGAGCGAAUCCAUCAAAGAAUCAGCACCGGUCGGCCCAACUUUUGUUGCUGAGCUUGAAUUUCAAGAUGAUGAAGCUGAACCUCAAUGCUGAGAAUUUGUUUCCACCUCAUAGUGUUUCUGAUCUGUCUAGACAUCAAUCUGUGUUUUCCCAAACAGUAUCCUGGUAGUAUAUUUUUCUUAUAGUUUUAGAUUUUCUUUUUCUUUUUCGGGUGUGAGUACAUGAAUGGUAGAUGGGUUUUGAUGUAAUUGUAUUUUCAUUAAUAUAAUUGGACACCCCGUUUAAUCCUUA